AUGGGAGAGACAUCUUAUAAAUGCCCUAAGUGUGGCAAAGAAUUUAGUGAUAAGUCACGCCUUAUGGGACAUCGGAGAAUCCACAUGGGAGAUAACCCCUAUAAAUGCCUUGACUGUGGGAAAAGUUUUAGUGAUAACUCGCACCUUGUAACUCAUCAGAGAACCCGCUCGGGAGAGAAACCCUAUAAAUGCACCGAGUGUGGGAAAAGCUUUAUUAGGAGGUCACAUCUUAUUUCCCAUCAGAGGAUCCACACUGGAGAGAAACCGUAUAAGUGCCUUGUCUGUGGAAGAGGUUUCAGCCAGACCGCACACCUUAUUUCACAUCAGAGGAUCCACACGGGAGAGAAACCCUAUAAGUGCCUUGAUUGUGGGAAAGGUUUCAUUCAGGGUUCACAUCUUCUUAGGCACGAGAGAACCCACACGGGUGAGAAACCCUAUAAAUGCCUGGAGUGCGGGAAAAGCUUCAUUCAGAGCUCGGAUCUUAUUUCACACCAGAGAACCCACACAGGAGAAAGAGCCUAUAAGUGCCUUGACUGUGGGGAAAGUUUUGAUUGGAACAUGCAGCUUGUUAGACAUCAGAUGCACCAUACAGGAGAGAAACCCUACAAAUGCCUGGAUUGUGGGAAAGCAUUUAGUGACAGUUCAGCCCUUAUUAUUCAUCAGAGACUCCACACGGGAGAGAAACCCUAUAAAUGCCUCGACUGUGGGAGAAGAUUCAAUCAGAACUCACUCCUUACUAGACACAAGAGAACCCACACUGGAGACAAACCCUACAAGUGCCUGGACUGUGGGAAAAGUUUCAAUCAGAGCUCAUACCUAAUUGCACAUCAGAGAACUCACACAGGAGAGAGACCCUAUAUAUGCCCUGAGUGUGGGAAAAGUUUCAGUUGGAGCUCAGAUCUGACGGCACAUCAGAGAACCCACACAGGAGAGAGACCUUAUAAGUGCCUGGAAUGUGGGAAAAGAUUCCUUCAAAGCUCAAAUCUUAGUGUGCAUCUGAGAAUCCAUACGGGAAAAACACCCUAUAAAUGCCCUGACUGCGGGAAAAACUUCAGUCAGAGUUCAAACCUGACUAGACACCAGAACACCCACAUGGCAGGAAAAACCUCAUAA